AUGGCGCUGAAGAUGGUGAAGGGCAGCAUCGACCGCAUGUUUGACAAGAACCUGCAGGACCUGGUGCGCGGAAUCCGCAACCAUAAGGAGGACGAGGCAAAAUACAUCUCCCAGUGCAUCGAUGAGAUCAAGCAGGAGCUAAAGCAGGAUAACAUUGCCGUGAAAGCAAAUGCAGUCUGCAAACUUACAUAUUUACAGAUGCUGGGCUACGACAUCAGUUGGGCUGCUUUCAAUAUUAUUGAAGUCAUGAGUGCAUCGAAGUUUACAUUCAAAAGAAUCGGUUACCUAGCUGCCUCUCAGUGCUUUCAUGAAGGGACUGAUGUAAUUAUGUUGACUACUAAUCAGAUCCGAAAGGAUCUGAGUAGCCCUAACCAAUAUGAUACUGGAGUUGCACUGACUGGCUUGUCCUGUUUUGUUACUCCAGAUCUUGCCAGGGACUUGGCAAAUGACAUCAUGACACUGAUGUCUCAUACAAAGCCUUAUAUCAGGAAGAAGGCAGUGUUAAUCAUGUACAAAGUUUUUUUGAAAUACCCAGAGUCCCUCCGUCCUGCAUUUCCUCGCCUUAAAGAGAAACUUGAAGAUCCAGAUCCUGGUGUGCAGUCUGCUGCAGUAAAUGUUAUUUGUGAGCUGGCUCGACGCAAUCCCAAAAACUACCUUUCCCUUGCUCCACUCUUUUUCAAGUUGAUGACGUCAUCAACCAAUAAUUGGGUUCUCAUUAAAAUUAUAAAAUUGUUUGGUGCUCUUACUCCAUUAGAACCUAGGCUGGGAAAGAAACUGAUUGAGCCUCUGACCAACCUCAUCCAUAGCACCUCAGCCAUGUCUCUCUUAUAUGAAUGUGUGAACACAGUAAUAGCAGUUUUGAUCUCGCUGUCCUCUGGGAUGCCCAAUCACAGCGCCAGCAUCCAGCUUUGUGUUCAGAAGUUAAGGAUAUUGAUAGAAGAUUCUGACCAGAACUUGAAAUACCUGGGACUGUUAGCUAUGUCCAAAAUCCUGAAAACGCAUCCUAAAUCAGUUCAAUCUCACAAGGAUCUCAUUCUCCAGUGUUUGGAUGACAAAGAUGAGUCUAUCCGACUCAGAGCUUUAGAUCUCCUAUAUGGCAUGGUAUCGAAGAAGAACUUGAUGGAGAUAGUGAAGAAACUGAUGAUUCACGUGGAUAAAGCAGAAGGGACGACAUACCGGGAUGAGCUGCUGACCAAAAUCAUAGAUAUUUGUAGUCAGUCCAAUUAUCAAUAUAUCACAAACUUUGAAUGGUACAUAAGCAUCUUGGUGGAGCUGACCCGGUUGGAAGGCACACGACAUGGGCAUCUUAUAGCAGCUCAGAUGUUAGAUGUAGCUAUCAGAGUUAAAGCUAUUCGUAAAUUUGCAGUUUCUCAAAUGGCCAUGCUUCUGGACAAUGCUCAUCUCAUAGCCAGCAACACCCAGAGAAAUGGGAUCUGUGAGGUGCUUUAUGCUGCUGCUUGGAUUUGUGGGGAGUUCUCUGAACACCUCGAGGAAGCAAACCAAACUUUAGAAGCAAUGUUGAGGCCUAAAGUUACAACUCUACCAGGCCACAUCCAGGCGGUUUAUGUCCAGAACAUGGUGAAGCUCUAUGCAUCCAUCCUACAGCAGAAGGAGCAAUCUGGGGAAAAGGAAGCAGCUCAGGAGAUUACCCAGCUAAUGAUUGACCGUUUGCCUCAGUUUGUACAAAGUGCAGAUCUAGAAGUUCAGGAGAGGGCUUCUUGCAUCUUGCAACUAAUAAAAUACAUUCAGAAGUUACAAAUAAAAGAAGUACCUGUAGCCGAGGAAGUAAUAGCCCUGUUUGCUGGUGAGCUGAACCCUGUGGCUCCUAAAGCACAGAAGAAAGUGCCAGUUCCAGAGGGCUUGGACCUUGAUGCCUGGAUCAAUGAACCUCCAUCAGACAGUGAGUCUGAAGAUGAAAAGCCCAAAACAAUAUUUCAUGAUGAGGAUCAAAGGCAUUCCAGACACAGACAGCCAGAAAUAGACGAAGAGGAACUGGCCAGACGUCGAGAAGCCCGGAAACAAGAACAGGCAAACAACCCGUUUUAUAUUAAAAGCUCUCCUUCCCCACAGAAGCGAUACCAAGACACUCCAGGUGUGGAGCAUAUACCUGUGGUCCAGAUCGACCUUUCUGUCCCCUUAAAAGUUCCAGGUAACAGUUUGGCUUCCUCUUUUUUUUUGGAGGUGAAACUGGAAGAGGAGCGAAGACAUAAACAGAAACUGGAGAAAGACAAGAAAAAGAAAAAACAGAAAAAGGAGAAGAGAGGUAAACAUCACCGCCAUAACUCUCUGCACACGGAGAGUGAGGAGGAUAUUGCGCCAGCUCACCAUGUCGAUAUCAUAACAGAAGAGAUGCCAGAGAAUGCUUUGCCCAGUGAUGAAGAUGACAAGGAUCCCAACGAUCCAUAUAAGGCACUUGAUAUAGAUCUGGAUAAACCCUUAGCAGACAGCGAGAAGCUGCCAGUGCAGAGACACAGAAAUGUGGAGACCCUGAAGUCGCCAGACUCAGAAGCUCCCCUAGUAGAGAAGAAGAGCAAGAAACCCAAAAAGAAGGAAAAGAAACACAAAGAAAAAGAGAGAGACAAAGGAAAGAAGAAAGAGAAAGAGAAAAAGAAAUCCUCCAAGCAUAAGAAGAAAAAGCACAAGAAGGAGAAAGAAGAGAAAUCAAAGGAUAAAAAGAAAUCAAAAAAGAAGAGUCAUCACAGCGAGGAGGAGACAACAGAGUCGGUGCAGAAUGGAACACUAGAUGAUGAACCACUACCACCUAUGUCCAGUUACCGCCUUCUUGCUGAAAAUCCAUACAUUAAAAUGACCUAUGAUAUUCAAGGAAACCUCCAGAAUGAUAGUCAAGUUACUGUCUCUGUUAUCUUUGAGAACAAAAGCACUAGCUUCCUUAAGAGCAUGGAACUAAAUGUCCUGGACUCUCUCAACACUAAAAUGCUCCGACCAGAAGGAUCAUCAGUACAUGAUGGGAUACCUGUGCCCUUCCAGCUACCCCCUGGAAUCUCUAAUGAAGCCCAGUUUGUGUUUACACUUCAGAGUAUUGUUAUGGCUCAGAAGUUAAAAGGAACACUGUCCUUUAUAGUCAAAAAUGAUGAAGGUUCAACCCAUGAAAAACUAGAUUUCAAAUUGCACUUCAGUUGCGCUUCAUACUUGAUCACGACGCCUUGCUAUAGUGAUGCUUUUGCCAAGCUCCUAGAGUCUGGAGAUCUGCACAUGAGUUCUAUUAAAGUAGAUGGAAUUAGCAUUUCUUUCCAACAUCUACUGGCAAAGAUCUGUUUUCAUCAUCAUUUUUCAGUUGUGGAACGCGUUGAUUCGUGUGCAUCAAUGUACAGUCGCUCUAUCCAAGGCCAUCACGUCUGCUUACUGGUAAAAAAGGGAGAGAACUCUGUAUCCAUAGAUGGGAAAUGUAAUGAUUCCACCCUGCUUAGCAACUUGUUGGAUGAGAUGAAAGAGACAUUGUCCAAGUGCUGAAUAUUCCUUAUAAAAUAUUCCAACUACAAGAAACACACCUAAUGUGUAAAGACGAGCAGACCCAAGUGUUAAGUUUCUCCCUCGUACGCAUGUACUAUCCUGGGGCACGUGCUUUUCAGUUAACUCCACCAUUGUUUGCAGUUUAGACAUUUUAAGGCUGUAUGUUACCUUUUUAUUUCAAAACUUUUUACAAACUGUGGUGUUAACCCUUUCUAGCCCAAAGAGAUCCUGGUGACAUGACUGGAGGAGGGAGGGAGGGACGCUAUUUAUUCAGCAGCUGACG